AUGAUGUUCAGUGUCUUUAGCAGUGUCAUGAUGUCUGUUUCCAGGUGGUGCUCCACAUAUCUCAGACAUGAGGAUUGUACUGCUGGGAAGCAGACGAAAUGGGGAGAGUUCAUCAGGAAACACCAUCCUGGGAAGAGAGGAGUUUGAUACCUCAGGAAGAACAGCUGAGUGUGUGAAGAGAGAGGGAGAAACAGCAGGGAGACACAUCACUGUAGUGGAGGCACCCGGAUGGUUUUGCAAUGUUUCUGUAGAGAACACUCCUGAAGGUGUUAAGCAAGAGAUUGUCCUCAGUGUGUCUCUGUGUCCUCCAGGACCCCAUGCUGUACUGCUGGUCAUUAAUCCGAUUAAGUCAUUCACAGAGACACACAGAAGAGAAGUGCAGGAACACCUGGAGCUUCUUGGUGAGAGAGUCUGGAGUCACACUAUAGUGCUGUUCACCUGUGGGGCAUCGCUGGGAAGCACAACCAUUGAGCAGCACAUCGAGAGAGAAGGCAAAGCUCUACAGUGGGUUGUAGAGAAAUGUGGGAACAGGUAUCAUGUUGUAGAUAAUAACAAGAGUGAUGGUGGCCAGGUGACAGAGCUACUGGAGAAGAUAGAAGAGAUGGUGGCAGGAAACAGAGGCCAUCACUUUGACUUUGUUGCAAAGAUUAUGAAAGAACUGAUGAUGAGGAAGAAGGAAGAUGACAGAAGAGCAGAGGAGAGGAAGAGGAAGGUGCUGAAGCACAGAGAGACUCUCAGAUCAUCAGGUGGUGCUCCAUACAUCUCAGACAUGAGGAUUUUACAGAAGGCCUACCUGAUGACAACUCAAGUGGAGAUGCUGGAUAUGACUCUCCUAAAUCAAGACUUGAAUCUGAGCUCAUAA